AGCUAUGGUCCGGUAAAACCUUGGGAUUUUAAGCGUUUAAGACGUCUAACUUCCGAUAUUACAUCGAACUGUUAGGCAUCAUGGCUUUAAGUUCAAACACGGACAGGGACAAAUCUUUUAUAGCUGCUAAGCUGUGGGCUGCUGCGAGAAACACGAUGGAUAUGCUGACAAAAGAUGCAUGUGACGCGCCAUGUGACACAUCAUUUAAUCCAAUUGAGCACAUGCUUAACCAGUCAUCUUGUGAUGAAAAGGAUGAUAUUAAUACGGAAGAGGAAAUCAUGGACAUGGGAUUAAAGAUUGAUUCCGUAUUCACAUUGCCAUUGGAUACGUAUUUAGAAGAAAAAUCAGAAGAGCAUAUUUCUCGACCAAUAGAGCAGAUCAUUCAAAAAGAUAGACUUACUAAAGCUCUUGAAGCCCAGUGCAAGCCGUUUUCUGUUGUGUUACAAAACAUCGAUCAUGACCUUGCUGGAAGACACCGCGUUUUUUACCGUCAAUGGAAGCGGCGUUUCGAUAAGUGUGGAAAAUCUUGUAGAUACAAAUACAUUGAUGGUGUACUGAGACCCCGACCAAAAGUCCCCAAAAAGACACGGAAACCAUAUAUGUACAAAAAAGACACGAGAAACACAAGCAACAUGUCUCGGUCUUGCUUGGAAAAUGUGUCGCGACAAAUGGAUGUUGACGAAGACGCUUCGUUAAAAGCAAAUGUAGAUAACAAGCAAUCCUCGAACAAAAAAUCGGUACAGCUUCGGGAUUUAAUGCAUAAAAAAUCACUCUCUGAUCAGGUCACUCGUUUGGCGGAAGACCAUGUGCUACAAACAAAAGCGACCACGGAAAAAAUCACACUCAGUAAACAGUGUGCUUCCGAAACACUCCGAAAAGUGAAAGUGAAAAUAGAACCAGGGAUUGAAGAAGAAAAGAUGACACCUGAAGAUGAAUCAUCAACGUAUGAAAAUGUUAAAGUGAAAACCGAGCCUUCGAAUGAAAAUAGCAUUGAUGCAGAUAUCGAUGUGAAGCCUGGAUUGGUGUCACUUUUGAAGAAGAGAAAAGACUUCCACGUUUUGGAAGAAAUGGUUAAGUAUUCUACGCUGAAAGGAAUUCUUGGCACAGAUAUGAUGUCUGAAGGAAAUACAUCUGUGACACAGAAGAAAACGGUUGAAUUCAAAGACAAACCCGUCACAACUCAAUCAGCUAUAGAGGUUUUAAAGUCAAAAUCCAAGUUCUCUGUGCCAGGUGAAUUACCCAACGUUCCACAUAGGAUAUCCACGCCCUUUCCUCCGUAUAAGUGUAAGAAACCGAAUAUGAAUGUUGACGAUAAUAGCAAAUGUUUAAAUGCUUCUUCAAAUGCGCAGGGAAACCAGGAUCUCAAAACACUAACCAACACAGUGCCUUUAAUGCAAAAUUCUUCAGUUUUCUUAACAACUGGUAACCAUGUAUCAUCACCCCAGGUACCACUCCAAUUACUUCUGGCAGGUAUAAACUCAACAGGUACUCAGAACACACCCCAAAUGAUUCUUACAAGUUCAAACUCGCCACAGUUAGUUUUGACUGGUUUGAACGCACAGCCAAGGACUCAAAACCAAACCCAGAUCGUUUUGACAGGGACAAAUGCAACAAACAUCCAGAAUCCUGGCCAACUGAUUCUAACAAAUUCGAAUCAGUUUACCAAUACAAAUCAGCCACAGAUUAUUCUGACAACUACAAACAGACCACCUACUACGCAAUGCCCUCAAAUUUUAAUCACAAAUAAUGAUUCAAGCGGAACACCACAGUUACUUUUGGCAAACACAAAUUCAAAACUUUCAGUCUCGCAAAACGCCCCAAAUCUUCCAAUAUUUUCCAACAGCUCACAGUCAGUUGCCAGUAAUGGCCAGCAACAAAUUGUUUAUGCUAAUGUCUUCAAUCCAAACCAGGCGAAUGUUUUACAAACGGGACAGCUUGUAAUAAAUCAACCUAUUCAACAACUUCAACAACAACCAAAUUUGUUGAAUAUACCAGCUACGCCACAUGCUCAGUCGCAGAUUAUAAACGGAACAAUUGUUUCACCUGUGCAAAGGCCAGGUGUUGGGGCACCGACAUUCCCUGGAGCUCAACAACCUAUUCCUGUGAUACAAACCUCCAGCAUCUUGCCCAACAAAACACCAUUUCCGCCAGGUACAAUAGUUUUUAAACGAAAUUCUCUCCCAGAAGCUCGCUCGCAACCAGGACAGCAGGCUAUGAUUAAACUAAUGGCAGAAAAACAAGCUAAAAAGACCGCCGCUGACAAUGAAAGAAUCGUAGAAAAUAAAAUCACUCAAUCCAAUUUAUCAAUGGAAGGAAAAACAGUUACAAUUGGAAAUCAGAAAUACUUGCUCGUCCCAGCGGAACCAACUAGUUCUGCCCAAGCUGUGGCUAAUGCAGUUGAUAAAAAUACCGAAAGUCGCGAUCAAGAAAAUGAUGGAUUUUCUAAGCCAUCUGUUGCGAAAAAAAUGAAAUUAUUACUUGAAAGAAAUGAAGCCAUUAAAAGUCAAAGUGACGCAUCGACUAACCAGCAUAAUAAAGCGAUAUCCAAUGAAAGAAUCCUGCAUGAUCCAGUACCUUCGAAUGUUCGGCAGGAUAAGCUUCCGACAGUAAAAUCGGCUUCUUGCAUGAAAGGGACUGCACAAAAUACUUCAAAUGAUCCAGAAAAGAGUGUAACAUUUGUAAGCAAUAAUACGAUGGAUGGUGAUGAUAUCAUUUGCAUCGACGAUACCGAAAUUUCUGGAAGCGCCGAGAAUAAAUGUUUUGCAAGUUUACGGAAACGGGAUCGAAGAAAAUCGAAACCGAAACCUCGUUUAGAUUAUGACGAGGUUUUAAAUGUACAACAGAAGUCUCAGCACAUUCAUUCAAGCAGCGAUGACCAUGAUACCGACAGUGAAGUUGAUAUCGAAACUCUCGAUAUUGUUGGGAAAGGUAUGCUGAUUCCGAAAACACCAACUAUGCCAUCAGGAGUGCGAGAAUGGCCGAAAGGCGCUACUAUUAGCGAGAAGAGUAUUACACUUCCGGCAAAUAUGUUGGAAAACAUGGAAGAGUCGUCUUUUUCUGGAUGAAUUUAACGAGAAAGGAUUUGACAUUGGAGCAGGAGUUUGCUCGUGUUAAAACUAAAUUAGAUUUCUUAUGUUGCAAGUAUUCGAGAAGUUUGCUCACUAUUCUAGAUAGUUUUCGAUAAAAUGACUUGCCAUGAGUAACGGAUUAAAAGAAUUGUAGUAUGUCAGUUAUUUUGGGUCGUCGACAUUAGCUAUUGUCGUUCAGUUUUAUUUUAAGCAAGAUACUAGUGAAAUCCCAGUGUGAUGCAGCGUCCGUCCGCCAACAUUUAGAAACGGCGAAUUCGGUACCUUGGUCAGUAUGACCUUUUAUAAUCUCCAAUCGAUAACGAUCAGGGGUCGUGCUUUCUUUUUGUCCCUCUGAUAGAAUCCGAUAAAUGUACUUUUGAGGAUAAAGUAUAACUGGAACAAUGGUGGGUACCAAGGUAUCUCUGGUUACUCAUCUGACUGUGAUGAAACGUUAGUAUUGGUGUCUGUAGAUCGGAGGUUCCCGAUUUGCCCACUUUUUAUAAGAACAAGAAGACUUUAUGAAGAAUGGAACACCAAUUCCAUACUAAUUAUAUAUUUCACCCAAGUUCAUUUACCUGUGUUUUUACCUGUUUGAUCUGUUCCCUUAAAUGCUAUACUCGAUAUUAUAGACAGGGAGAUGGAGGUAUAAUUCUGUAUUAUACGUUACUGCUAUAAAUCAUUUUUUAUUAUAACAUUUAAGUUUUUGAAAUACUAUGGUAUAGAGGCAUACAAAAUAUUGUCUGAUUUAAAAUACAUACAAUGAAAUUACAUUUCAUAAUACACGUACACAAGAAUGGCAGUUCUUAAAACACGACCAAUAAAUUGGUUGUGUUGGUAAGAACUGACAGGGAAUUAAAAUAACAAUUCCUGGUACAGAUUACGUGUAAUAUUACAUUUGUUGGCAUGAAAAACGUGCAUUAAAUUACAUUUCUUAAUACG